AUGAAGCCCAGCUAUAUUCUCACGGUCCUUGGCAUGAGUCUUACCACUAUUGCGGCCCCUACUCCGCUCAACCAGCUUCAAGCCCGCGAUGUUGAUCUCGAUGAUGCUGCACCUACUCCCCCAACUCCUCCAACCCCACCCACACCUGAGACCGUUCCUGUUGCUCAUGCUCCUCCCGGAAAAGGCUCGGGCUAUUACCCUGUAGUCCAAGCUAGUCCACCAACUCCCCCGACUCCUCCCACACCUCCCACUCCUUCCGUCGACAAUGUUCCCGGAUAUCCUUCUCCUUAUGUUAAUUCCCCAGCAACUCCUCCAACCCCUCCCACUCCGCCUACUCCUCCUAGCCCUUCUGGUGUGUAUGGCCCGGUUAUUGGUAAUGGAAACUACGGAAAUCUCCCUGCUCCGCCGACUCCCCCCACUCCUCCGACUCCUCCUACCCCUUCUGGGGGGUACUGA